AUGUCUCUGCUUCACAGGAGAAGAAUGACCGGGAAGAGUCAGACCAGCAAUGUCACUAACAAGAAUGACCCACGCUCCCUCAACUCACGGGUCUUUAUCGGCAACCUCAACACUGCCAUCGUGAAAAAGGGCGACAUCGAGGUCAUCUUUGCCAAGUACGGCAAGAUCGUGGGCUGUUCGGUGCACAAGGGUUACGCUUUCGUCCAAUACAUGAGUGAAAGGAACGCACGGGCGGCCGUGGCAGGCGAGAACGCCAGGAUUAUUGCAGGACAGCCGCUGGAUAUUAACAUGGCCGGAGAGCCCAAACCCUACAGGCCUAAAGCAGGAUCCAAACGACCCCUAACCGCUGUCUACGGUGGUUAUGAAUUUGAUUAUGAUUACUACAGAGAUGAUUUCUACAAUAGGCUCUUUGACUAUCACGGACGGGUGGCUCCUCCUCCGAGGGCAGUGAUCCCGCUGAAGCGCUCGCGAGUGGUACUUCCAUCCACUCGACGCGGGAAGAGUUCCUUCCCUAUUAAAACCUCCUCCGCUUCUUCCUCAAGACCUCCGUCGUCAUCAUCGUCCUUCUCCUCUGGGCUGAAAUUGAAGACCGAUCAACUCCAGACUAUCAAACGUGAACUGACUCAGAUCAAGAUGAAGAUUGACUCUCUUCUGGGCCGCCUGGAGAAGAUCGAGAAACAGCAGAGAUCUGAGUGCGAGCCUCAUAGGAAAUAUGAGGAUAACUGUGACUCUUUGCAUGAGGAGUCGAUAUCGGAGACAGCGGACAACUCCGGAGAGGAGGGAGGAGAGGGACCGCUGGAUGCAGAGGUGGGAGAAAUGACAGAUGGUGGCGAGGAUGACUACGACGAAGAAGGCAGCACUGAUCUGAUGGAGAAUCAUGUGUCUGAUAUUGACAACUGAAUAAUGCAUCAGUUCUGCAUCCAGAGAGGAAAUCAACUCUGCAUCGAACAGAAGACAUGAAACCACGUGAAGACGGACGUCUCUUCUCAAAGAGGCCAUGAAGGCAGAGCAAAUAUUUUGACAAGUUUAGCAUCUGCUAGUCUCAACCGCUGUUUUUCAUUUAAUAGCGUUUGGCACAUUCAAUCAUAUUUGAUUUGCACAUAUCCUGUAAAAGUCAAAUAAGUUCAUUUUGAAGUUCAUCAUGCAAACACUAAAGUUUGAUAUUUUUUCCAUCAAGUAUAAUUUUCCUUGAGCAAAGAUUUUUACUGUCUGUGUGGAAAAUGAGCCUUAAAUGUCAGAACAAUGUAACAUGGCAUUUUUGAAACCUUCAAUAUUAAAGAAUUUAUUUAAAUAAUUCUAGGAUUUUAAAAUAUGAGGUCUGGCAAUGAACAUGUGUUAGAACAUCAAACUUUGUUUUUUUUUUAUUGCAUCUGCAUCCCCAUAUUGUCUCACAUACACACUCAUAUUAACCAAUUUAUGUUUUCUGAAAAUGUUUUCUGUGUAAAAUUUGAUUGUGUAAUUCUACUUAAUGGAUCAAAAUAUAUUUUUGAUUCCCAGACCAAAUCAAGUAAAAUAACUAGUGAAGUACUUGAUCUAAUGAAAGUUUUAGCUCCGUACUGCCACAUUAGUUUCAUCAGACUCAAACUUACACACUUCAGGAUGACUGAAAUAUUGUCAGACCACUGUAACUCGAAAAAAUGAAUUAUGUCUUAAUGUGUCAUAAUUUGUAAUGAUACUGUAAGAUGAUAUUGUACGUACAUUGUCACUGUAUUUUGUUUUUAUCAUGCAGCUGUGUGUAAUUCAGAGUGACAUGUUGUAGUCACUGUUUCCGUUCUCUAUGAUGUCAUUCGGUAUGGAGUGUGUCAUAAUGAACUCUAUUUUUGUAUGGCAGAUUUACAGAAAAAGCUUCAGAAUAUUCAUAUUUGUUCUGCUGACAUUUUCAUUCUGCUAUUGUACAUAAUUUGUUUAAAUAAGAAUGUGGAAAUGUAUGUGUAUAGCUUAAAAAAAAAGAAGAAAAAAAAAGAAAAAGAUUGAUGGAAAAUGGAUCCAAUCCACUGGAAAAAUGUGAUGAUUUUUUUCUAUAUUUUGAAAUCGGCGUCAUGUUUGAGAGAAAAAUGAUUCUAUACCGGUCUAGGUCACUGAUGUCAUCGCAGAGGCCUAGAAAUAUAACUGAAUUACUUCAUAUUGUAUAGAAAUGUAAACUAUUUGUAAAGAUAUUUUUAUGAUUGGCAUGUUAAUUAAUGUAUUUUCAGUUUGAUGUCUGGCUAUAGGCUUUGUGGUAUAGGAACAGACUGCCAUUACAAUCACUAUAUAAAAAUCGCAAAUUUUUUUUCCCCUAAAUUUGUUGUGGAGCAGAACCAAAUGCAAUAUUUCAGCUAUUAGGUCAGCCUAAAAUGCACUGGUUUUAAGAAUAAAAGAAAAACAUUUAUUGGCAUUCA